AUGGCGGCAAAUAAUUUAACAGGGGAAAGAACACAAACGAAAACAUUUCAAGAACUGCGCUGCUCCCCUUCCUUAGCAAGUGGAUUACAACAACAGUCAAUUUAUCUCGCUACAGUCAACAUUUUUCUCUCCGUCACAGCAUUAAUCGGGAAUUCUCUUAUCCUUGUUGCUCUUCGCAAGGAAUCUUCCCUCCAUCCGCCAUCCAAAGUCUUGUAUCUUUGUCUGGCAACAACUGAUCUGUUCGUUGGUCUUCUUAGCCAGCCUCUGUAUGUUACUCAUUGGAUGUCCUUGGUUCAAGAACACUGGAGUCUUUGUCGACUCGCAAUUGACGCAGUCUCCAUGACAGGCUUCACUUUAUGUUCAGUGUCUUUGUUGACGAUGGCGGCCAUAAGCGUGGACAGACUUCUCGCCCUAUUGUUGGGGCUGAGAUACAGACAAAUCGUAUCUUUGAAGCGCAUGUAUGCCUUGGUAGCUACCUUCUGGCUGCUGUCCAGUCUCGCUGGGUUGUGUUACAUGCUAGAUCACCGCAUAACCAUUUGGUAUGGCCAGACAACUAGGAUAUUUGGCCUCGUAAUCCCAAUUGCCUCGUACACAAAGAUUUUCCGCACUCUCAGUCAUCAUGAGGCUCAAGCACAGGAUCAUAUUCAACAACAGCCAAGCCGAGCAAUUCAACUGAACAUAGCGCAAUAUAGAAAAGCAGUGCACAGUGCACUGUGGGUGCAGUUGGCAUUAGUUGUUUGUUAUGUGCCUAUGAGUAUGGUGGAAAUUGGUACGGCUUUUAGUAAAACAUAUUCAUCGCAUUUAAUCGUUAUUAGGGGAAUAGCAGUAACUUUGGUCUUCUUUAACUCAACGGUGAACCCAUUUCUUUACUGCUGGAGGAUAAGUGAAGUAAGACUAGCAAUGAAGCAAUCAAUCAGACAAGCACUUCGCUGUCCAUGA